AUGGAAAAGGACCAGAAGGUACUGGAUCAGGACCUGGGGGCAAAGACUCUGGUGGGAACAACGGAAUGGGACCUCAGGGACCUGGGUCAAGUCCUGGUGGAAAAGGGCCAGGGUCCGGACCUGGGAGCAAUGAAUCUGGCGGACCCGGGUCUAGUCCUGGAGGAAAAGGACAAGGCGGAAAUAAAGGAAAAGGACCCAAAGGACCGGGAUCAGUACCCGGAGGAAAUCAUGGAAAAGGACCAAAAGGGCCCGGGUCAAGUAAUGGAGGAAAAGGACCAGGAAAGGAACCUCAAGGACCUGGGUCUAGUCCUGGAGGAACAGCACCAGGUAAAGGACCACAAGGACCCGGGUCUAGUCCUGAAGGAAAAGGACCUGGGUCGAGCCCUGGCGGAAAAGGGCCAGGGUCCGGACCUGGGAGCAAUGAAUCUGGCGGUAACAACGGAAAGGGACCUCAAGGACCUGGUUCAGAACCAG